AUGACGAUCUUUGUAGGAUGCAAUAAAGAGCUGCAAAUCUGCGACUACAGUCCUGUUCACAAGCUCGUGGCGUACGGAGCGCGCAAUGCUAUCGCCCUGUGGAGUCCGGAACAGGUUCAUCUUGGUGUUUUGUCCACUUUGAAAGCGCACUCGUCGCAUGUGGUCGCAGUCAAAUGGCUCCCCGAAUCGUCGUUCUUGGUCUCUACGGCCGAGGACCAUUCUGUCAAGGUCUGGAAAUACACAAACCGGGAGUCUGGUUUUGACCUUGUGGCCAGCUUGGACGCCCAUUCCGCCAGCGUCACCUCUUUGGCCGUGUCUAAGAAUAUUUUCGUCACUGGUGGAGCGGACGGGAAAAUCAAGGUCUGGGCCGUUUCUGGCCAAGGAGAGGUGGUCUGUGUGGCUGAAACAACUAUUGGACCCGAUUUCAUGCCGCUUUCGCUCGCUAUCGAGGAAAUAGAGCCGGAAAAAUACGUCAUCUUUGUCGGUGGCUCCAAGCCGCAAUUCCACGUUCUUUCGUACACCAAAACCGACUCGCUGCAAUACCAGGCCAACCUCCCCGGUCACGAGGACUGGAUCAAGUCUAUUGCGGUGAAAAAUCAGGGAAACGGCGAGUUUCUCGUUGCUUCCGGAUCCCAAGACAGAUACAUCAGACUUUGGAAGCUCUGCGUGAACGAGGCCAUCUCCAAAGCAGACAACUCGAACAAAUUGGGUCUUUUAAUGAACAAACAGCAUCUUUUCAGCAUCGACAGCACAACCAAGUGCUCUGUCAACUUUGACGCCAUUAUUAUGGGCCACGACGACUGGAUCUCCAGUCUCGUUUGGCACCCUACUAAAACCGUUCUUCUGUCCUCCUCUGCAGACACAUCCAUCAUGCUAUGGGAGCCCGAUCAGGGCAGUGGGGUCUGGAUUUCUAGCGUCAGACUCGGAGAGAUGAGUAUCAAGGGUGCUUCUACUGCAACCGGUGCGUCUGGAGGGUUCUGGAGCACGUUAUGGAUAUUCAACGGAAACACAGAAACUAUCAUCACUAACGGAAAAACAGGCUCUUUCAGAUGCUGGACCGGAUCUUCGACUCCUGCUUUCCAAUACAACCAAGUUCCGUGCUUGACAGGGCCAAUGAAAGAGGUCACCGACGUUUGUUGGGCAAGAUCAGGUAAAUAUCUUCUUGCUACCUCUUUGGACCAAACAACCAGACUGUUCGCCAAAUGGACCAAAACUAAUACUUGGCAUGAGUUCUCCAGACCACAGAUCCACGGUUACGACAUGAUCUGUGUCAAGCCGAUCACAGAUUCCCGGUUCAUCUCCGGUGGAGACGAAAAGAUCAUGAGAUCCUUUGACGAGCCAAAAGCAGUGGCUUCCAUGCUGGAAAAACUUUGUGGAAUUGCUCCAAAUGACGUCAACUCCAUGCCUGAAAGUGCCUCGCUCCCUGUUCUGGGUCUGUCCAACAAAGCUGAGGCGGAGACCGAGGUGCAACAGGACUCCGAGGACGAGAGCGAGACCGCAGACAACGGCGCCUUGACUGCUAAUUUAUCCGCCAAACUGCUUUCGGAACUGCAGGCGCCUCCAAUGGAAGACAUCCUGCAACGUCACACGCUGUGGCCAGAAAUCGAAAAGCUAUACGGCCACGGCUUUGAAAUCACCACGCUGGACGUUUCUCCAGACGGGAAACUCAUCGCGUCGGCGUGUCGCUCCAACGUGGCCUCCCACGCUGUGAUCAGACUGUUCAGAACUGACUCCUGGCUCCAAAUCACCCCAUCAUUGGCAGGUCACGACCUCACAAUCACCAGACUUCGCUUCUCUCCAAAUGGUGGCUACCUCGUUAGUGUGUCACGUGACCGGAAAUACUCGCUAUGGAAAAGGCAUGGCGACACCUACGAGCUGGUGGAACUGCGCGAAAAAGCGCACUCGCGUAUCAUCUGGGACGUGUGCUGGCUGCCUGAAACGGAACACGGGAUUUUCUUUGUCACGGGAUCGAGAGAUCGGCGUGUUCAGGUGUGGAGGAUCGGCGACAACGACAAAGUGGAGUCCGCAGGAAGUUUGAAAUUUAGCUCACCGGUCACUGCACUUGAUUGCUAUAAGCAGACAGUGGACGGCGUCUCUCUGGUGGCUGUCGGAAUGGAGAACGGCGAGAUCUUAAUUUGUUCGGUGGAUAACAAUGGACAGGCUGAAAUCGUGCAACAGUUCGAUAAGUCCACUGUUCCGGACGACAAGGUCACGCGUCUGAGCUGGAACCCAACUAUGCACCAAGACGAGUCGUUGAGCCUGGCUGUUGGCAGCAGCGACUGCUCUGUGCGGAUCUACACUGUUUCGACGCGUCGAUAG